AUGCGCCGCGUUCACCGGAUCGCUGUCAUCCACUCAGAUGGGGGUGGAGAAGUCGAUGACCACGCGCCGAGCAUCUACAGAUCUGGGCACCUGGGACUCAACGACCAAACGACUCCCUACGAGAUAUACGAAGGCAAGUUCAGUUUCAGAGCUGUCCUCCAAAACACGCUCAAGGCAUGGAGUUUCCACUCUCUAUACCGUCUCUUCUACAACAUCCGCGACUCGAUGCGCAACCAGACAAAAGUCGUCAUCUUCAAGAACCGUCCCAUGGCCCUCCUCGCCAUCAUGGUCCACGUCCCGCCCCUGGUCGCCACCGCCAUCAUGAGCCACCUCAUCUACCACGAGUACUGGAUCGGGGCGGACCUCACACCGAACCGUGAAUGGGACAAGUCGGCCAACCUGCUGAUCCAGUUCGCCGCCAAAUUCCUCGAAAUCAUGAUCAUCGGCUCCCUCACGACCAUGAUCUUCACCUUUGUCCGCCGCGAGGUGACGCUCGGCCAGGGGACGCCGCUGGCGGCCUUUUUCGCGGGAAACAGCUUCAGCUCGCCCGAGUUCCUGUGGUCCGAUGAGAUGACGGCCAUGCUGCGCGGCCGCUUCUCGACCGUCUGGAAAAAGAUCUUUUUCGUCUCCUUCCUCGUCAUGUGUUGCGUCCUGGCGGUCGUCGUGGCGCCCGCCACGGCUACCGUCUUGACGCCCCUUAACGACUGGUGGAUGAUGGGCGGGUCGUGGGUGUAUAUCGACAAAGCCGGCGCCGACAUCUUUCCCCGGACGCUGACGGCGGUGGACACCGUUGCCGGCGACGUGUGCGAGAGGGCCGGCAACCUCGACUGCCCGUCUGCGGGCUGGGACUCGCUGACGCAUCUCGUGAGCUACCUCCCGGACCAGGCCGUCCUCAAUGUCACAAAGGGGUCGUACAUCCGGAUCCCGGCGCUGUUCCCGCUCGCCACGCCGGAAUCGAUUCUGCAGCUGUCCAUGUCCGUUCGCGAGCCGGGGGUGCCGCGCGGGUGGGCCGAGUCUCGCAUGACGCUGCCACAUCGUGUGACGGGCGCCACGUUGGCCGCGACGACGAUGCUGUGGCAGGAUGCGCUUACUUUCAUGGAUCAAAAGGAGAAGAAGUACUACCGCGGGUCGGACUACCGAUACUCGACGUUCCAGGAGCUCGCGUCCAUGGAAACUCGAUGUCGAGUGACCAUGGUCGAUGGCAACACCACGUCCAGCGAUCGUGGCGGGCCUGUGGACUUUCCAGAAGUGCGGAACGAGGCCUCUUUUGUCAAUAACACUGAUAUCACGGCCUUGGAGAACCCGACCACGCAAUCUUUCUGGACAACUCUCAACGAUACGAGCCCCCAGCUGUCCUUCUUUGAUAUUGAUCCCGAAGGGGACCUAGCAGCCAACGUCUCCAUCGGUGCCAUCAUCUCUCUCCCACGUCAAGGGGGAAUCGCCGUCUACGGAUGCCUCACAGACGCAGAAUGGAUCGGGGCCAACACCUGGAUCAACAUAGACAACCAUGUCUGGACAGACGGCUGGCCCUUCCCCGUGACAUGGAAGCCCGGCAGUCGAAAAGUCCUCAUCGAGACCUCCUUUGCGAACCUGACCAACGCAGCGGUCGAUACCGAAGGUACCACCGUCUUCCAGCGCCUCGCCACCUCAUCCGGCCUCGUCGACUCUCCGCUAGGCCUUCCCUGGACCGUAGGCCACGUCGAGACGCUCGUCAACGCCAUGCUCGCCAACGGCAUGGCACGCACCGCGCCCGCCGCGAAGCCCAUCAUCACUUUGAAGGACGCCGACGGCGCCUGGUGGCGCAACUUCUUCCCGCGCAAAACACAGUUCGGGUUCCCCGAGUCCGGCACGGCGUUCGACGUGCCCGAGCCCGUGCGGGCCGCGGCGCAGAAGCUGCAUUUCCGUGGCGAGAUGAAGGGGUUCGCGUACUCUGCCGGGGACGAUACCGUCAAGUACUCGAUGCUGGGUCUAUUUGUUUACUGUGCCGUCGCGGUGGCAUUCAUGGCGUGGAGUCUUAUCGUGGGCGUCACGAGCAAGAGCUGGGAGUCGACGCCGGAGCUGUUGGCGCUGGCGAUGCGGAGUCCGCCGCCUGGGGACGAGAAGAUGCCGUCGAGUAUUUUGGAGGAUACGAAUGCGUUGAGGGAGAGGUAUUGUAUUGUGGCGAGCGGGGCGGAUGUGUUGUUGAGGCCGAUGGAUGGGUUGGAGGAGGUGCCGGAGGAGAUGAGGGUGAGGCCGAAUGUGAUGUAUAGAUGA